AAUUUAAAGAAAAUGAUGCGCCAGAUAUUAGCGCAGCACUUUGGUAAGAUUGUUAAAUUACUCUUUGUCCAUGAAAAAUAGCACCCGAAAGAUUUGGUUACUAAUCUAACGAGCGUGCAUUGGACAGCAAAUCAUUCCGGCUUGGUAUCCUAAACUAAAUUUCAACUUUAUUAUUGUUCAGAUUAAGCAUGAAAGUGUGUUUAACAAUUUAAAGAAAAUGAUGCACCAGAUAUUAGCGCAGCACUUUGGUAAGAUUGUUAAAUUACUCUUUGUCCAUGAAAAAUAGCACCCGAAAGAUUUGGCUACUAAACUAACGAGCGUGCAUUGGACAGCAAAUCAGUCCAGUAUAAAAAUAUUGUAAAGUUAAUUUUAAUUCCUAAACACAACCGCGUGGUCGCCGUGAAAAAUGUAAAUUAAAAUUCUUCUGUUAUAGUGGUUAUACAUAACAGCGUCGCCACCUUAACAUAUGUCUUAAAUAACGCCAGUAAUUAAAUUUAUCGAUACUAUCGAUAGUCAUUGUAAACUGUUAUUGAAUUUACCAAUUAUCAACACUGUUUAUAAUUCCGCUAACACAAAAAUUGUUUAUACACAUUGUGAUGGAAGAUAUGGACGUGUGCCGAGUUUGUAUGGCCAGAGAAAGUGGCCCUUCUGUAAAAUUAAUAAAUAUAUUUGACUGGAGCCCUGAAGUUGCAGUAAUGGAAGACGAGAUAGGGAUAGGCAGCACUAGACUUGAUGACAUGCUUUACGAAUGCACCAACUGCGAAGUCAAACUUGACGAUGAGCUACCAAAGAAAAUUUGCAUGCGCUGCGUUAUAGACGCCCAGCAAGCAUUUAAAUUUAGGCGCUUGUGCAAUCAUACUUACCAUUUCUUUUGCCAGCUUCUUAGUGAGCGGCGGAACACUAGCUCUGAAAUGGGUCAGAACGAACGCUCGGCGACAAUAAGGAGACAGACAUCCAAUACCGGUGAGGUACUUGCCACAACCGUUGAAGAUAGACUUAGGAGCAUGGAAACGCGUUGCUUAAAGUUGGCGGAAGAUGACGGUAAAGAAACCAACGUCAAUUUAAGAACACAUGAUCGUCUUGAUAUUCGCAAAAUGGAUUUAGGACUCAUCAAAAUAGAGAGUGAAUUGAGAAGUAAGACCAUAGGAAACCAGGACACCCAGCAAGGGGAACUGAAUUACAUGGAUGAGAAUGGCGGCAAAGACAUGUCAAGUAGUAUCGAUCGUCCAUAUAAAUGCCCCCACUGCUCAAAGGCCUUUGCUCAAAACCAACAUCUCAAGCGACACAUCUUUGGACACAUGGGUAAACGGCCAUAUAAGUGCCCCCACUGUCCAAAGGACUUUGUGCAGAGUCACCAUCUUAAGCGACACAUCUGCACUCACACAGGUCAACCGUUUAAGUGCCCACACUGUUCAAAGGCCUUUUCUUUAAAGCAUCUUCUGGCCGAGCACAUACGCGUGCAUACCGGCGAACGACCAUUUAAAUGUCCGCAUUGUCCGAAAUCAUUUACCCAAAAUCCCUAUCUUGCGGCGCAUAUUCGCAGACACAAGGGCGAACGGCCUUAUCAGUGUCCCCAAUGUCCAAAGGCUUUUGGAUUAAAACACAUACUCCAGACACACAUCCGCGGACACAAAGGAGAACGUCCUCACCAAUGCGAACACUGUUUGAAGGCAUUCACCCAGAAAUGUAAUCUGAAGAUGCACCAAAGGCGAUGUCCAGCAACGGGAGUAAAGCAUACUAAAAUAAUUGAGAAUUUAAGUAACUGUCCUACUGAAACUUUAUUAAUAUAACGAAUUAUAAAACUGUGUUGAA